AUGAAGACCACGUCGGCCAUCCUUAUAGCUCUUACGUGGCGUAUCCUCAUUGCAGUUUCGACACGUACUUUCUUCCAGCCAGACGAGUUUUUCCAGAGCCUCGAGGUCGCCCAUCGGGCUGUCUUCGGUUAUGGACACCUCACCUGGGAGUGGACGGCGUCACCACCAAUACGCAGCGUGUUCUUCCCGGCUCUUUACAUGCCAGUAUAUUGGCUCCUGAAGAUCAUUGGUCCAAAGAUCUUCCAAGGCGCGCUUGCUGCCGUAACAGAUAUCAGCACGAGAGAACUAGCUAGACAAAUGAUAGGAGAACGCUAUGCUGGUACUGCUUUUACCCUCUCCCUCACCGCGUUUUUCCACAUCUUAGCGCUGAGUCGGACACUAUCAAACUCGGUGGAAACCUCACUCACUACCGCUGCGCUAUGCUUUUGGCCCUGGCAUUCAUUAUAUUCUCGUAGACAACUCCAGUUUGCUUUUGCACUCGCGGCUGCAAGCUGCUUAGUGCGCCCUACGAGUCUCAUCAUUUGGAUUUUCCUGUUCCUUGAGCUCUAUCGGCGUACACGUUGGGACAAAGUCUUCAUGAGACAGCUCUUUGCCCUGAGUCUAUUCACCGGGUUGCUUGCCACGGCGUUUAUCGUUUACAUCGAUAGCCUAUACUUUGGACGGUGGACAUUUACUCCGCUGAACUUCGUGUUCACAAACUUAUCUUCCGUUUCGCUAUUUUACGGCCGGGCACCGUGGCAUUACUACCUUACUCAAGGAUUCCCAAUUCUUUUGAAUGUUUGCUUACCAUUCGUCAUCCAUGGAUCGUGGACGACUGAAAGGAGAGGCACCAAAUAUCAGAAGACGGCGUUAUCGUUAAUCUUCUGGACGACCUUCGUUUAUUCUCUCAUGGGACACAAAGAAUGGCGGUUCUUACAUCCUCUCUUGCCUCUCAUGCUUGUGUUCUCCGCGAAGUCACUGGGAGGCGACAUGGACAAGGAAAUGAGAAAACAUUCCAGGAGACCUACGUCGAAACGUGUCCCGUUCAGUGUCAAGACGACGAUAAUCUGUGCAUUAGGCAUAAUUCCUGGCCUGUAUGUCAUGCGUCUACACGGCAGCGCACAGAUUACCGUCAUGUCUUACCUGAGAUCACUCGACCCUGCUAUUUUGCGUUCUGUUGGUUUCCUUAUGCCUUGCCAUUCCACGCCAUGGCAGUCUUAUCUUCACAGGCCGGAGCUUUCAGACGGUUACUUGUGGGCACUAAGCUGCGAACCUCCACUGAAAGGGCUGGAUAUAGCGACUUACGCCGACCAGACCGAUAUUUUCUACGCGUCACCAAUCAAAUAUCUGAAGCAGAAUUUUCCUGCUGCCGUCGACCCCGCCUUCCCUCCCUCUCCCUCUCCAUCAACAAAACCUGGUUCCCAACCCCCAGCAUUUAGCAGAUGGGACCAUCGCUGGCCGUCACAUCUUGUGUUCUUCGGCGCCUUGCUUGAAGACAUCCGAGAGGGGAGGAAAGUGGAACGAUAUCUCCGAGAACUCGGAUAUACCGAAGUGUGGUCUACAAAGAAUGGAUUCGAAGAAGACUGGAGACGAAGAGGGGGAGUCAGGGUCUGGCAAUGGCAAAAGGCGCCAACGUAGCGAAAGUAUAUGCAUGUUGAUUGUUUUACUAUUCCGACUCUUCUAGUUCGUCUGGUUGUAGAAGGGUGACCAUUUCUGGAAAAUCAA